AUGUUAUUGCUUCCAGAUCAAAAAAAUCAAAAAAAAUAUUCAAAGUCGACGUUUGCAUGUGUAAAUUGCAAAAUUAAAAAAGUAAAAUGUUUUGGCGAACCUCAAUGCAUUCAAUGUAUGAAAAAAGGAAUAUCAUGUGUAUUCGUUAGACAACACAAACGAGGACCUAAGCCAAGUACUAAAAAACCUGUCUCCAUAUUCGCCUCAGAACUAAUUAAAGAUUUAAAUCCAACAAACCCGAUUUGUUCUUUGUUAAAUGAUUUGCAAAAACAAGAACAACUUCUCAUCCAGGAGUUAAAUGAUAUCCGGACAUUGGCGAAUGUAGUAAAAACCGAAGAUUUUGCCUCGUCCCUAACACAAGAUACUAAAGACGUUCUUAAUGAUUCCGUUAUUUAUAUUAAUUUUCCAGAGCAACUCAAUUCUCUAGAAUAUGGAAAUUCUCAUUCCGCAUUAUUACCAGAAACUAGUAUUCUUGACCAUAAUUCUUCCCAAACAAACAUAUCUGAUUCCUCGACAAAUUUUUACCCUUCGACAUCAUUUCAAGAAACUAAUAACGUAGACUCUAAUACUUAUCCUUCUUCAUUAUUGGAAGAAACUAAUAUUAUAGACCAUCAUCCUUCUCAAACAAAUUCAUCCAAUUCUUCGGCAAAUAUAUCUGAUUCUGGAGUUCCGUUUAAAAAAUUUAUAUGUGAAACGUCUGAGUCUAUGAGGGCAAAAAUCAAUUCAAAGGCAAAAAUUAGAAGAUCUCGAAGUUUGACACUUGACCUGGGGAAGAAAUCUCAAAGUUUAAAAUAUAUUCGUUCAAAUACAAUGUCUAAUAAUUCAUUAAAAAUGCAACAGACAGAACCUAAAGAACAUCCUUAUUUUUUUACACAAAUAUCUGACGAACCUAACGAAUUGUUUACAAAUAAUUUUAUGGAAUAUAUGAAUCAAUUUCCUUUUUGCUUAAAUAACACGCAAAUCGAGCAGCCAUUCCAAGCAAUUAAUACAAAUCAUAAUGAUUUAUGUAAUCCGUUAAAUAACAUAGACAUUAUUCACCUUUAUUCAUAG